AUGACACCUGAAUACGUCAAUAUCCUCCUAAACGCUUGCCAGCAGCACAAAAGACAAAUCAAGUUCACCGAAGAACAUUCAGGUCCCGAACACGACAAAACCUUUACCGUGAUAGUCUUUAGUAAGACCCCUCUUGAGUACUUAGUAACAUUCAAUGCUGAAAUCAUCUACAUGGGCAACUGGAAAUCUGCGUUGGCCUGCAUUACGUCGCUCGUUCCUGAGGUGGAUAGUUCCCCAGGCAUUUCCCCAAGCGUGGGUUGGGGUAGAAUUCGCAUGAACGUUCACGGCCGGAUAAAACACUGGAGGAACGUCUGUCAUGAGCUGCCUUUGAGGGGAAUGAAACGUCGGAAAUGUAGGAGGGAGACAUUGGCAAGCUCCCGUGAUUUCCUUAGGAAUCCGGGGUUCUACGGAAGAACGCCGGUGGGGUCAAGGUGGGGUAGCAACAAGUUCUAUGAGCUCUUGAGGAGUGGGACUGUUGCGGAAGCGCGAAACACCGCGAGAGCAGUAGCAAACGAGUGCAUGAGUAGUGAAGGCGGCGAUAUUGUCGCCGACGUCGUGGUGGUUAAGAUCAAGAGCUUUAUCAGAAAAAGGAUGUCUCCGACUGGAAAGCAUCCUUCCCGCCGCUCUCUCGCCCGUUCCAUCCGUCCACCUAUACCCUCCACCAAGGUCAAACAUGUCCCACGGCAGCCUUUUAGCCUACGGCACUAUCAUAACGCCCAGCUCAACUAA